AUGUCAAAUAGAUGUAUAAAGAUAUUAGGUAUAGGAAAUGAUAUUGUUAAAAUAUCUAGGUUCACUGUGAACUCAGAGAAUGAACGAUUUUUAAAGAGAGCAUUUCAUCCUGUGGAAAUAGAGAAAUUCAAAGAAUUGAAAUUACAAAGUCAACAGAAUGCUUUACAAUAUUUAGCUGGAAGAUGGGCAGCAAAAGAAUCAGUUUAUAAAGCAUUCAAAGGAAUUGAAAGAGCAAAACUAAACUUUCAAAAUAUACGUAUACUUUCGAAUAGCGAUGGAUCUCCGUACGUCGAUCUAAUCGAAAACUCUUUGGAUCUGUCGAAGCAGCUGAAUGUAACCGAUAUACACAUUUCGAUAUCACACGACACUGACUAUGCUAUUGCCAAUAAAUCAAUAUCAAUAUCAUAA